UCUCAACUCAGACUAACACACACAUACACACUCUCUUACACACUGCACUCUCACAAACUCUCCUCCAGCUUUACUGAGGCAGACGCCGCUUCUCACGAUACAUCAGCUGGACUUCUGCUGCUGCUGCUGCUGGAUCUACACGAAGAGACGGACUUACUGAAAACACAAAGAUAAAAACAGAGGGAAGAAAAGGACGAGUGCGCUUCUAUUCCUUCGCUUCUUCUCCUCCUUCUUUAUCUCCACCUCGAGGAUGGAUGUCCUGCCGCUGCUUGCCGCGGUGUGUGUGUUAUUCAGCCCGCACACACUCGCACUCGCUUCCCGAGCCAAGGCGCCUGCGCUUCCCAUCCAGUCCGAGAGAGAACCGCUGCCUUCCAAAGGAGUGUCCGGAUGCUCGUUUGGUGGGAGGUUUUACUCUCUGGAGGAUAUGUGGCAUCCGGAUCUCGGAGAUCCUUUCGGUGUGAUGCACUGUGUGAUGUGUCACUGCGAACCACAGAGGAGCCGACGUGGGAAGGUGUUUGGGAAAGUCAGCUGCAAGAACAUAAAGCAGGACUGCCCCGAGCCCAGCUGUGACGACCCCGUCCUGCUGCCGGGACACUGCUGCAAAACAUGCCCUAAAGGUGAUUCAGACAGGAAAGCCACAGAGUCUCUGUUUGACGGCUUCGAGUUCUUCCAGGAGAAAGAGGACGACCUUCACAAAUCUUACAACGACCGGUCCUACCUCAGCUCCGAGCAGAUGAACACCGGAGACAGCAAGACAGAUUUCGUGGCCUUGCUGACGGGUGUGACGGACCUGUGGCUGCCCAGUUCCAGCGGAGUCGCCCGCGCUCGCUUCACACUCACCAAAACCAGCCUGGCUUUUUCCAUUACCUACCAGAGGAUUAACAGGCCAAGCACUAUCUUGUUUCUGGACUCCGAGGGAAACACAGCUUUCGAGUUCAGAGUUCCUCAUGCAGAGUCAGAAAUGAUUUGCGGUGUUUGGAGGAACCUGCCCAAGUCCCACAUGCGGCAACUGCAGGAGGAGCAGCUCCGGGUCUCCAUUGUAGCCACGGAUGGAAGGAGGGAGGAGAUCCAGGGGAAGAUCAUCAAACACAGAGCACUGUUUGCAGAAACGUUUAGCGCCACUCUGACGUCGGACGAGGAAAACUCCGGAAUGGGAGGAAUCGCCAUGCUGACGUUGAGCGACACCGAAAACAACUUGCACUUUAUCCUGCUCAUGCAGGGAAUCAUUCCACCUACGGAGAAAGCGUCUCCUCUGGUGCCGAUCCGAGUGAAGCUGCAGUAUCGCCAGCAUUCCCUCAGAGAGAUACACGCCAAUGUUACGGCUCAAGACCCCGACUUUGCUGAGGUCCUGACCGAUCUGAACAGCCGUGAGCUCUUCUGGCUCUCUCGGGGGCAGCUGCAGAUCGUUGUGGAGACCGAGGGUCACAACGCCCACCGCAUCUCCGGCUACAUCACUGGGAGGAAGUCAUGUGACACUCUCCAGAGCGUGAUGUCCAGCGGCGAUGCUUUGACUCCUCUUAAAACUGGAGCUGUCGGAUCAGCCGUCUUCAGUCUUCAUGACAAUGGCACACUGGACUACCAGGUCCAGGUAUCUGGUGUCUCCAGCACCGUGGUUGGUGUGACGAUCGAGAUGAAACCACGCAGAAGAAGCAAGCGCAGCGUUCUCUACGACGUGACCGAAAACUUCGCAGCUGCAGCAGGGGGCGGUCGUGCAGUGGGCAGCUAUGGGCGAAUGGAGGCCAGACACAUCCACAUGCUGCUGCAGAACGAGCUGUUCAUUAAUGUGGCCACGGCAGAGCACAGCGAGGGGGAGCUGAGGGGGCAGAUCAGGACUCUGCUGUACAGCGGCCUGGACUCUCGCACACAUGAGCUUCCAUUCUCUCUGGCCGGUCAGUUUGUUUCUCCACCGGUACGGACCAGCGCUGGCGGUCACGCCUGGGUCUCAGUGGACGAGCGCUGCCAUCUGCACUACGAGAUCGUGGUUAACGGCCUCAGCAAGGGCGACGACCUGACCGUGAACGCUCACCUGCACGGCCUGGCCGAGAUCGGGGAGAUCGACGAGUCCAAAACCAACCACAAGAGGCUUCUGACUGGCUUCUAUGGAGAACAGGCCCAGGGCGUUCUGAAGGAUCUGAGCAUGGAGCUGUUGAGGCAUUUGGACAAAGGCACUGCUUUCAUUCAAGUCAGCACCAAGAUGAAUCCUCGGGGAGAGAUACGAGGACGGAUCCACGUACCCAACAGCUGUGAGUUCGGUUCCCGCGGCGAGGUCGUAGAGGAGGCAGAAUUCGACGACCUGGUCUUCGUGCGGGACCCCGAGGAGCUGAGAAAAGACCCCCACACUUGCUUCUUCGAGGGCGAACACCACGCCCACGGCUCCCGGUGGACGCCCCACUACAACUCCUGCUUCAGCUGCACCUGCCAGAAAAAGACGGUCAUCUGCGACCCUGUUAUCUGCCCCGCCCUCACCUGCCCACACACCUACCAGCCUGACGACAAGUGCUGCCCGGUUUGUGACGAGAGGAAAACACCCAAGGAGAUCCCAGCAGAGAAAACCGAGGAGCAUCCAGAAGGCUGUUAUUUCGAGGGUGAUCAGAAGAUGCACGCACCUGGAACCAUGUGGCAUCCCUUCGUUCCUCCCUUUGGCUACAUCAAGUGUGCUGUGUGCACCUGCAAGGGCGCAACAGGUGAAGUGCACUGCGAGAAAGUCACCUGCCCUCCGCUCACCUGCAGCCACCCAAUCAGACGCAACCCCUCCGACUGCUGCAAAGUGUGUCCCCCCGAGGACACGCCCCUUCCGGAGGAGGGCGAGCUGAUGCAGGCAGAUGGGACUCGCCACUGCAAGUUCGGCAAGAACUACUACCAGAACAGCGAGAACUGGCACCCUCGCGUCCCGCUGGUGGGAGAAAUGAAGUGCAUCACCUGCUGGUGUGAUCAUGGGGUCACCAAGUGUCAGAGGAAACAAUGUCCGCUCCUCAGCUGCAGCAACAUUACACGCCGAGAGGGGAAGUGCUGUCCCGAGUGUGCAGAUGAGUUCACAAAAGAAGAGGAGAUGAAGAUGGUCGAGAAAAAGAAGAACUGGAGACAAUGAUCUUCAUCCAGACUGCAUCCCCCCUUUUCCAGAUCCAUCCAUCCAUCCCUUCGUCCAACCAUGCAACCGUCCAUCCAUCCACUCCCCCUCUCUCUACCUUUACCUGUGAGGCAAGGUGACUGUUCUGCAAAUGACUGUUCUGAAAGUGACAGUGAACGGAAAGCGAAAACAGAAAAACUGAAAGAAAGAAAGAGAGAGGGAACGUGAGAGUUGGUGGGCUGGAGAAAAGACAGACCGGCAGGGGAGAAGGAACGCUAAAGAAGAAGUGAUAGAAGAAGAAGAACGACAAGGAGAACUAGAAAAAUAGAGAGGAAGAGGACUGCCCAGCUGCUGCAUUGUAUAGAAAAGUCCUCGACUGCUUCUCUGAAGUAUUGAAUGUGUUUUUUUGAUCGGUUUACUUUUGUACAGCUAUUUUUUUACUCAUUUUUUGUUUACUGCAAACUUCGCAGCGCUCACACAAUCUCAAGUGUGUGUAUGUGUGUGUGUGUGUCGACAGUGUUUGGGACAGUGGGCGUGUGUGUGUGUGAGGGUUAAAUUGGCCUGUAAAGUUGAGGCACAGACUUACGAGACGCAGAGACCUGCAAUAAACUCAUUGGGUGGCAAUGAAUUGCCCCACACGUGCUUUGCAACUUAUGCCUACACCAGCGCAGCUACACGGUACACACCCUCAGGCCGUGUCAAUGUAAAUACCAGCCCUACUGUAUGUCUCAGCCAAUGAGCUGCGCCGCUCUGGAUCGCUCAGAACGACUGCGGCACCACCAUCGAUCGAGGGCCUGAAUGAAGACUUCAAGACUUCGCUUUGCUGUGAAAGAAAGUUAAAAACAAACAAAAAAAACACUCUUGACGAGUGGGCGGGGCUUGACCGGUUGAGUCAUCACACCAGCCCCGCCCCCUCUCACUUCAUGUUGCACCUGUCUGGUUUUUAUGGAUACUAUUUUGUAAUAUUUUAUAAUAUUAUUUGCUGUAUUGUGAUAUGUUGAAUAUUUUAUAUUUAUUGAGCGCAAUGGAUAAGUCAAUAAAAUAUGUUGUUUAUAA